CCCAAGCACAGGCAGGCUGGUCACAGACUCUCCAGCUCCCCUGUCACCUGUACAAAACAUGGUGGAGGGGCAGGUGUAUGAAGAGAAUGAAUUCACACUUGUGAGUGGAAGAGGAAAUAAAUCAUUCCCAAAGCACCUGCAGCAGUCAGGGCUUCAUCAGUUUCCAUUGCUUAAGAGCCCUUAACUUUUUUAAGUACUACACUGGUUUAAAAACAAACCAACCAACCAACCAACAACCGCCCGAGAAACAGAGCCUGACAGUCCUUUUGGUCUUCAGUGUUUGUGGAGCUGGUGUUUGGGUUGUUCCCUGUGGGGAAAUGCAGGGAACUCCUGCUGGUGUGCUCAGCCCGGCCGUUGGGCCCCCUAAGGGGCCCCAGUGCUGCCGUUACCAGUUACCCCACUGGGUUCUGCUCUGGUUCCUCAUGCUGAGGUUGGCUCAGCCCCCGCUGAACCCUUCCCAGCAGCACAGCACAUUUGCAGCCUGCUGUGCCAGGAGCAGUGCCCGGAGCUGCCGGCACGGCCCAUGGCACCAGGCAGGGAGCACUGGGCACAGACCUCUCUGGCAACCUCUGCUGAGAACCCCAGACCGGGUGUUCCUUAGGGAUAGGGCUGUCUGAAGGCAAUGGAAUUAGAGGUGCCAGCUCGUGUGACUGGGAGAGCCUCAGAAUAACCAAGGGUUAGAAACCUGUGCUCAGAAACACAGUGAGCCGAUGCAACAGCCCCAGAGCUGUAAAUCUGGCACAAAUGUGACCCUACGGAAAGGGCAUUAAGGAGCAUUCCUUGCUCCCCCGCCAGUUCUCUGAGGUGUUACUGCAGUGGGAAGGAAGAAAUGCUCCAUUUAUUCAGCCCCACUUUAUCCUUCAGUGCAACAGCAGUUGCCUGAAUGGACAAUAUAUUUAAAAGCUGGUAAAUGAGAAGCCAGGGUUGGCUCUUUAAACUGGAAUUUUAAAUCAGCUUUAAAUCAGUGCUGGGAUUUUAAAUCAGCUUCUGUCAUGCUUAAAUAUGAGCUGAUCUGUUGGCUUUGUCUGCAUAGAAAAGCUACAACAGCUUUUUAUCUCUUAAUAGGGUUAAUGUUUGCUAACAGUGAAAUACAUCACAAUAAAGGGGAAGGGGAAAAAAAAGGUAGAGAAGCUGUGGCUUCCCCUCCCUGGAGGUGUUCAAGGCUAGGUUGGAUGGGGCUUGGAGCAACCUGGUUUAGUAGGAGGUGUCCCUGCCUGUGGUAGGGGGUGGAAUGAGAUAGUUCAGGAGCAUCAAUCACUGUGGAGCUGGGUCAUUCUGCACUAGCAGUAUUUAUUAUAUUUUCAUCUUUACCAGUUUUUUCUAUCUCACAAUGCUGAAUGAAGCAGCGAGCUUUGGAGUGGUGAUGUGUUGCUGUAUGAAAACUAAGUGCUCUUCUUUAGUGUUGUAAUAGAAUUAAAUGUAUUGUUUAAUUGGUUUGCGAGCUGUGGGAAGUCGCUGAGCUGCGGCAGCUGCUGUGUCGGUCUCUGGGUGCAGUAGGAGAGGCUGCUCCAGGGCUGAAGGUGACUGCGUGUGAGCAGGAACGAGCCGCCAGCUCUGCCCUCCUGCAGCCCCCGGGCAUCUCCCAGGGUGUGGGGUGGGGAGCAGUGCCCUCUCCCUCCGCACGCCUCCAUCCGCCCCGGGCAGUUUCCCAGCGGAUCCCUGUGAGGUGGAAGCGUUAUUUGCAGCUCCCUUGGCGCACAUCGAGCAGCCCCACCCUCCCAGUGCCCCCUGUGCUGCUCAGCCACACAGCUCCUGCCUCCGCCUUGACUCAUUAAUGAUUAAAUCCUGCUCGCACUCGGCGGGACGGCAGCGGGGCUGCACCCCUGGAUCCUGGAGCCCGGCAGGGAGGCAGCACCCACAGCCCUGGCGAUGGCUCUGAAUGAGACCAGUGACUGCUUGCUGACAAACAGAGUCCUAGAAAAGUAUUAUCUCUCUACCAUGUAUACCCUUGAGUUCAUUUUAGGCUUCAUUGGAAACACCAUUGUGAUGUUUGGCUAUAUCUUCUGCCUGAAAAAAUGGAAAAGUGGCAACAUCUACCUGUUCAAUUUAUCCCUAUCAGAUUUGUUAUUUCUCUGUACUCUGCCAGUAUUGGUGAACAGCUACUCCCAUGAUCAGUGGGCAAAGCAGGACAUCCUGUGCCACAGCAACAGAUUCCUGCUGCAUGCCAACCUGUACAGCAGCAUCCUCUUCCUCACUGCUGUCAGCGUUGACCGGUACAUGCUCAUAAAACACCCCUUCAGGGACCACGUCCUUCAGCAGAGGAGAACGGCUGUCCUGGUGUCCAUUGCCAUCUGGGUGGGGGUGAUCCUGGAGCUGCUGCCACUGGUGCAUUUCCUGGAGCCUCUGACACCUGGCAAUAAUUACAAGUGUCUUGAUUAUGCGAGCUCUGGAGACCCCGCAGAAAACCUCAUCUAUAGCAUGUUCCUGACUGUCUUUGGGUUCCUCAUCCCUCUCUUGAUCAUGUGCUGCUUCUACGUGAAGAUGGUUCGGUUUCUUAAAAACAGGAGUGAGCAACUCAGCUCUCCCCUGACCCUCGAGAAGCCUCUCACCCUCGUGGUCCUCACCGUGGUGAUCUUCUCCCUGCUCUUCACUCCCUACCACGUCAUGCGCAACGUCCGCCUCGCUUCCCGAAUCCCGGCCCUGAGCGUCCCCGAGUGCACGCAGGGCAUCAUCAGCGCCAUUUACGUCAUCACCAGGCCCGUUGCCUUUCUGAACAGUGCCAUUAAUCCUGUUUUCUAUUUCCUCAUGGGUGACCACUUCAGAGAGAUGCUGAUGGCCAAAACAAGGCAGCUCUUGCACAGGCUGACGGUCACCAGGUAGUGAGUAAGGAAGGAGAGCCCCUGGUAGUGGGAGACGGCAGGGAGGGAACUCCCUAGGGAGAACAAUCAGUCAUGUGCCAUUUUUUUUAGAUAACCUUAUUUAUGCUAUAGAAUAAGUGUGAGCUGAUUGUGUUCCUGGAAAUGCACCUGUUACCUUAUUGUACAGGAGACCUGCUGAGCUGCCUCCAGCAGACUGGGAGAGGUGCUCACUCCCAGCAGUACAGGAGGACCCUGCUCUCGGAGCACAAUACCCCCCAGCACAUCAAUAUUGUAAACAAAAGACCAUCAAGUCAGCUCUUGGAGGGAAAAACACACUGCUCUCAAAUAACUGCUUUGUGAGCCAUGAUGUGAUGCUGGGCUGGAGCGAGGGUGGGCUAAAACGAAUGUGUCUUUGUACUCAGCAGGACAGCCAGGCAAGCUCACAGGGCCAUUCUCAGUCACUUAGCAGAGUAUGGAGCUACCUAACUUUAAUGUAGUUGUCUAUAAGUGCCAGCAGAAUGUAUGGCCUGAGGCAGAAUUUGGACCUUAGAGUUCAGACUUCAUUAGCAGUUCUGCUAAUGAACCAGGAGCUAACAAGGAGCCAGUCCCUGCCUGACAUCCCUGUGGGAUCGAUUGGCAGCACAGCUUAUUCUCCAAUGGACUGUCCCACGUUCAGAUGGAAAGGGGGAAGAGAUCAAUGGAAUAAUGACCCUGUAGGAGUUUGGGCUGGAGAAGGAGCUGCCUGGAGGGAGUGGGGACAGGGUGUAGGCAGCCCCCUUCCCUGCCUGCAUCCCUGCAGGAGAUGAGGAGCCCCCAGCCCUGCCUGGGGACUCGCUGCUCCACAGCACAGGGAACAGGACACCCCUGGGUCCCAUCCAGGUCACCCUGGGUUCAGCUCUCUCUGCUGUGUCGAUCAUCUUCAACUGCUUCACUGUGCCAGAGAUAGCAGCCCCAGAUAAUAAACCCUGCAUCCUGCUUAAAAAACCAGAAAAAGUCUCCUUUGUGUUGUUUCACUUUAUUUGCUGAUCUCUGGAGUGUCCCCGAAGCCUCACCCUCUGCCUUGUCUGUGUCACACGGUCCUGUGCCUCGGCACGGUCCCGGCACAGCGUCACCAGAGCAGGGGCUGGUUCCCAGCAGCAGUGCUGUGCCUGCCAGGGGGGUCACUCUGGGCUCUUGGCAGCAGUCCAGAAGAAACAGUUUUGCUUUUGGUUCUUUUAGCACAGAAACAGCCAUGCAGAAGCUCAGGUUACUUUGCCAGUUUAGUCAUCCUGCUCGAGGCUGGGUUUGCUGGAACAGGAGGCACUGCCAGCCCAACAGCAUCCAGGUGUCACUGCCCUGGCCUUGCCUGGGUCCUGCUCUGCUGUCCUGCCCAACGAGUCUAGUCCAAGCCCUGAGGCAGGGGCUGGAGCCACGGGCACACUGGCUGCCACUGCCCUCUCCAGAGAUGUGUCUGUACAGCACGUGGCAUCCCAUGCCUGGGUAUCUAUGGCCAGGAGGUGAUUUCUCUUCAUAAACAAUGUGUAGUGACAGUUCUGGUGCAUUAAUAUGCUCAAUUAGUUGUUUUUCUGUGUGCACAGAGGUGAGCAGAGUCAUCUGCUCCGAGUGGCUGAGUCACUAAGGAUACCUGCCUGUGUACACACCACCGUGGCAUGUACCACACAGCUGUUCCCCGUUGGCUGGGUACCCACAGAUAAUCAUCUCCAAAUAUAUGCUCCUUCUGUCAACAUAUACCAAAGAUCCAUCAUCAGAAAGGUGCAAAGUCAGGCCUGGUGCCUGUGCCCCCGGGAGCCCAGCACUGCUGAGCAGAGCUCCCAGCCCUCCAUCACCUGGUUCCCUGACAGAGAUGCUGUUAUUGCCCCAGCACCUGCAUGAGUCACAUCACAGCACCUUCUCUUUAGCUGGGGAGCUCCAGAGAGACCUGCUGGCCUCUGAUCUCUCUCCCCCUCUGAGGCAGCCCUGCUUUGUACCUUUGGUUUAGUGGCAGUCUCUAAACUCUCCAUGACCUCCAUUUCCCCAAACUUACGGGUGAAAUUUCUGGUCAUUACACAGUUUACUGUGGCGUUGCUGGUCUUGCAAUUAAAAAUGUGAUC